AUGGCCCUGGAUGAAGCUGGAUUGCACCGGAAGUUACAAUUGCAAGAGUUGGAGGAGAUAAGGAACGAGGCCUAUGAAAACGCGGCAAUUUAUAAAGCAAAGACUAAGGCAUGGCAUGAUAAGCUAAUUAUAAGAAAAGAGUUCAAGGUGGGCCAAAAGGUCCUCUUGUUUCAGUCCCGCCUACGUCUUUUUCCAGGGAAAUUGCGUUCUAGGUGGAUCGGGCCAUUCAUUGUCGUGAAAGUGUUUCCACAUGGAGCUGUGGAAAUCCAAAGUGAAGCCACCUCAAAAAUUUUGAAGGUAAAUGGGCAGCGGCUUAAGCCAUACUUUGAAGGAUUCACCGUUUUCUCCAAGAUCGAUUUGAUUUCUCGAUUAGAUACCUCCGCUUGGCCGUUUGUUUGUGGAUGGUAG